UCUUCUCCGUUGGCCUAUUCAAAUCAAACUAUAGAAUCUGUGCUCCCACAAACGAGGACAAAAAACAAAAACAAAAGAAAACAAAACAAAAAGUCCCAUCUCUCUUGCCUCCAUCAACCAAACGCAAUGGCGAACGCGGCGUCGGGAAUGGCGGUGGAAGACGAAUGUAAGCUCAAGUUUUUGGAGCUAAAAUCGAAAAGAAACUAUAGGUUCAUAAUAUUCAGGAUAGACGGACAACAAGUGGUGGUGGAAAAGCUGGGAAGUCCUGAGGAAAACUACGACGAUUUCUCCAAUUCCCUACCUGCCAACGAGUGUCGCUAUGCUGUCUUUGACUUUGACUUCACCACUGCUGAGAAUUGCCAGAAGAGCAAGAUCUUCUUCAUAGCAUGGUCACCAGAUUCAUCGAGGGUGAGGAUGAAAAUGGUGUAUGCCAGCUCGAAGGACAGGUUUAAAAGAGAAUUGGAUGGAAUUCAAGUGGAGUUACAAGCCACGGACCCGAGCGAGAUGAGUUUCGACAUCAUCAAAAGCCGAGCUCUCUAGAUUCAUUUAUGUCUGAUUCUUAUAAUAUAUCCAUUCAUAAAUGAUACAUCAUCAUCAUUUAAAUUAAAAAGCUGAUCUCCAUGAAAUUUUGUAACUUUCUUGCAUGGUUUCAUUCAUUCUUGUUCAUCUUAAAUAUUUCCUUUCUUUUCUUUUUACAUUUUACAUGACAUGUCUUUAAUACAUUGGCUUUGGAGAAGCUCAAAACCAUGUAGGUUUUUGUGUAAUAGUUGCAUACUUUUCGUUGUAAAAUAAAAUAUAUUAUUUCUCUUUAUCAC